AUGAUUCCUGGACGAAAUUCUCUCCCUGCCCUCUCACUGAUGCCUAGAAAGCACUGCAGCAGCUCUUACUACCUGCGAGCUAUUCACACCUCCCGAUUCCUCAAUCAUAUGUCUAUCGCCAUGGCAGCCUACUCUCAGGAAUUUGAAAAACGAUACGCGAGGCUCACCCACAUCGCGCACUUGCUCGAGAAUUCAAAAAGCCGCUUGAUCACCAGAAGGAAACAAAAACGCCUCAAGAUCCACCUGAAUCCCCUUGAUAUCAACUCAGGGCGGACCUCGAGCACUGUCUUCCCUUACUUCCUACCCAGAACCGGUGUCUCCAGUAUCUUUGAUCUGAAACAUGACUCUCACGCACGAGAUGCCUUCCUUCAAUGCCAGGGGAAAUAUAAUGGGUUCAAAGACUGGAUGCACGGGACGGAGGACUCUCAGCAAGGCAUGGAGUGGCGCCUUGCUACUAAACUCGAGAGGGCCUAUUAUCGCUAUCGUGAAGAGUGCCUUUCAGUUGACGAGAGAAAAUUGCUGCGCAAGAAAAAUAGACUUGAGGGAAAUGAGUCCAUACGUCAAAAAGAGUAUCCUAGGUAUAAAGACGCAUGGUCGAAGCAUCCUACUCAUGAAGAGAGGCACUGGCUGGGCUCCGUGAAGAUUGAUCAAUCCGGCGACGAUGGCUGUCCAUCAACCACCGAGGUGUUGGUUUUGGUUAUGCGGAUUCUGAACGGGAUGGCCUACCAGCACAAGUGGAAUAUAGACAAAAAAGACCCCGAGUUAAAAUCGGGCUGUGCACCAAAGAAGCUUUUUCAUAUGUACCCAACCAUGAUUGUCACCAUCGACCCACGAGGGAAAGCUCGUGUGCUAUGGGCCUACUUUGACGGCACUCUUCAUGUUCAAUUCUCACGGCUGUUGGACUUUGGCCAGUUUGCCAUUCAGCCGCCAUCAGGGAAGAGAUAUCUAAAUUGUAUCGAUGUGCGCAAGUACUUUGAAAUGAUGGAUAUCUUGGUGAAAUGGGCAUGGCCAGUGAUCCAAGGAGAUACUACGCGGCCAUUUGCUCUACCACCCAUCGCGGAAAGCAGCGAUGAGGAUUAAGGAUGAUUAUGAAGAACAUACCAGCAGGAUCAAAGAGACAUCAAGUAGAGGCCUAGAAGGGAUCGGUUGAUAAUUUCAAGAAUUGCUUUCAUCUAUGUACAUUCAAUGCCCUCUCACUGUCUCGCUCGGCAGGAAUGGUCACUUUGUUGACAGUGAUCGAGGUGGCCAUGGCCCCAAGUCUCCAGAUAUGGUGUUUGGGGCUUCUAGAUUAGUUAUCAUGACCCAAAGCUCGUGUUCGAGCCGCCCUUGCAUGACAUAGCUGAGAUUACAUGUGAGCCUUAUGGUUAUAAGUAUAUCAAUGGACGAUUUAAUUAAC